AUGGCUUUGGGACCGCCUCUGGUUCCACUGAGCCAGCUCGACUCGCCAUUUCAACUUCAAGAACACCUCAAAUCCCUCUACGCUCACCUCACCCACACACCGGAGUCUACACACACCGUCCCAAUCACGAAGGAGUCAGCGCUACAGCUCGCCACACCUCCUCAUAUCAACGACAGCGAAUCUGUGGACAGGAACCUGUGGCUGUAUGAACUCUGUCGAUUUCUCACUCAAAAAGCCAAUAUCGUCUCAAUAUUCUUAAUGAACGACAACCCGCCGUGUUCUGCUCAGACGUGUCCUGAAAUGCGCGCCAGCGAAUGGCAGUAUCUCUGUGCGGUACACGAACCACCCAAAUCAUGCUGUGCCAUCGACUAUUGUAACCAUACUCUCGACUGGGCCGCGAACGUUCUGACCAGUCCGAAGCAUUUCCCCUCGCGGUUGGCGCUUGGUUCGGAAGCAGGGAACGUCAUGCAAAGCAUGCGACAAUUGACCAAUAUCUUUCGAAGAGUGUACCGUAUAUUUGCCCACGCUUGGUUUCAGCAUCGUGAUGUCUUUUGGUCUGUCGAAGCCACGUACGGGUUGUACGUGCUCUUCAAAGUCGUUUGUGAUGAAUAUCAUCUCAUCCCCGAGGACAGCUAUACGAUUCCAGCUGAAGCUGAAGGAAUUCACGAAGCUCCUGUUGAACGUGAGGGGCCCCUACGACCACAAAUACUAGUAAGAGACACUGCAGGGGGUUCCGCGUUGGAUGAUCCAUCUGCUGGAUCCAUGUUAUCAGACACCACGACGCCGACUGCACCUACAACAGUCAGCACGGGCGCAACAACACGGAGACACAAACACACCCCAAGCACCGGGAGCCAUGUUGCCACCAUCGCCGAAGGCCAGGAAGAGGAGGAAGAGCACCCGAAAAGCAAUGAAGUGGCGCCGAAGAACCAAUCUUCACCAUCUCAAUCGGGGGAGACACUAAACGUCAUUGCAAAUUCGGAACGGGGUGUCUCUUCGACGGGGAUUGACUCAGGGAAGGACAGAAGUAAAGGUAUUUCCCCCGAGCGCCACCUACCAAAGCUUGACAUUACCUCCUCGGUGCCAAAAUACGAGCCUCGUGCUCCAGAGGAUCCCACACCCACCGGUACAACAGAAGAUGUCGACCCAAUCUCCACGCAUAUGAUUUCCCAAAAUCUCGAGUCAACUUCUACAACGGAAAGUGGAGACGUCAGUGUUAAGACGGCCGACAGUGCAGCCACUGCGAAUGCGAAAGAUGAACAAGCGAAAGUAGAAACCCCGAUAGAGCAGACAACCAAUCCGUUCCAAGAGGAAGGAGGUCACAAAAUCACGUCGCCUUCCGGUGGCUCGAUCAGGACGAGUGGAAGUGACGUGCUUGGGGCAAUACUGGGCCAUAUCUAUGACUUGGAUGAUGAAAAUUCCAUUGACUCAGAGAAGCAAAGUCCGCCUGUGGACAGAGCGGCGGCAACGCACGGGAUAGAAGCGACCUCCAGCGAGAGCGCAGGGCAUGGCGACGACAAAAGUGACGAGGAUAAUGAGGGCAUGAGUCCAAUCAGGGCGGAGCCACCAUCACCUGUUGGCCCGAAGGAUGAGGAUUCCAAGGUCAACGAGGGCGGAGACGAACCCAAGACAGAGAACGAGGAGCUUGGAUCUCCAGCUGACGAAGUGAAAAUCUCGGUUCUGGAGACUACAGAUGACCUCAACGAUGAAGAAGACCAGGCUAGGCAGGGUGAGACGGAAAACAAAAAAGAAGGAUGA